GUUCCGAAUGUGUUGUUUGUUUUGAUUUACAUAUGUGAAAGUGGUGUUGAGUAUUUUGUAUUGUGAUUGCUAAGAAAGUGUUGAUAUUGAAAUGUACCUUGCAAAUACUUUUCAUUGUGUGGUCAAGAAGGGUUAUGAACGUUGUUUGUUUAAAGCUGUGCGCCAAUUUAGUACCGAAGCUGUAGACGAUUCGGUAAAUCGACAAGCAGGUAUUAUUGACGACUCUGAUGACAGCACAAAUUAUGAGGAAUACAUCGAAAUGAAGAGAAAUAAAUCACGUCUGUUACCACAGCAUCACAAUAUAUUACACAAUAAAGUACCAUAUUCCAGCAGUAAGGGUUGGUUUCAUGAUACGGUUAAGUAUAAACGUAGGCUUUACGGGCGUUAUGGUAGUAUUAGUGCUGUCAACCCAGGCGUAAUGUGGCCAACUAAGAAUGAUUUAGAUGACAUUCGUGAAUAUGAAUCUGUCGCAUACCCACAUACUCUUGAAGAGAUGAUUGAGAAAAGUAUCGCUGAAAGAAAGUUGAGGGAAUCAACUAUCAGGGAAAGAGAGGAGGCUAUUUCUAAGAAGAUGGAAUGUUUGGAAAAGUGGAAGGAAGAACUUAAAGCUAGAGUUUUAAAGAAAGAAGAAGCUAUGCUUGCUGCAAAGGCAAGAAAGGACUCGACUAAUGGAAGAAGUCCGUAGGCAUUUUUGGCUUUAAAGUGGAUCCCCGUGAUGAUCGUUUUAAGGAAAUGUUGGAGAAAAAGGAAAGAGAAGAAAGAAGAAAUUGGCAAAAGAAGCAAAACGCAAAGCCAAAGAAGCAAAAGCAAUGGCAAAGUUAACUGAAGCAGUGGCAAAAGCAUCUAUAGAGUCAAAAGACUGAAAAUAGUGUAAUAGUGAAAAAAUAUGUUGUGUGUAACAGGAACUGUUCUAUCUGGAAAAUUGUAGAGAUUAAAGUUGGCGCCUUGUGCUGUUGUGCUCCUUUAA